AUGGGCCUCCCAAACCUAACAGCCCCUCCUGACUUCAUUCUAAUGGGAGUCACAAGGCUGCCUGAACUUCAACACCCACUUUUUGGGAUUUUUCUCUUCAUUUACGCAGUCACAGUGGUGAGUAACCUGGGCAUGAUCAUUCUGACCAAGCUGGAUUCCCGUCUGCACACACCUAUGUAUUUUUUUAUCAGACAUCUGGCUUUCAUUGAUCUUGGGAAUUCCACUACCAUUUGUCCGAAGAUGUUGGUUAACUUUAUUGUGAUUCAAAAUACCAUUUCCUAUUAUGCAUGUGCCACCCAGAUGGCCUUCUUCAUUAUGUUCAUUGUCAGUGAACUUUCCAUCUUGUCAGCCAUGGCCUAUGACCGCUACGUGGCCAUCUGCCACCCUCUGCUCUACAAUGCCAUCAUGUCCCAGAGACGUUGCCAUGUGCUGGUGGGCAUUCUGUACAUUUAUUCCACCUUUCAGGCUCUGCUGUUCCCUAUUAAAUAUUUUACAUUGACAUUCUGUGGCUCUAACAUCAUCAGUCAUUUCUACUGUGAUGUUGCCCCCUUGUCACCUAUGAUCUGCUCACACGCACAAGAAACAGAAUUAUUGACCAUACUGUUUUCAGCAUUUAAUUUGAUUUCCUCUCUCCUGGUGAUUCUUUUGUCCUAUGUGCUGAUUCUGUUGACCAUAUGUCGGAUGAAUUCUGCAGAGGGGAGGAAGAAAAUCUUCUCCACAUGUGGGUCCCACCUGACUGUGGUGGUGGUUUUCUAUGGGACUCUUCUCUUCAUGUAUGUGCAGCCCAAAUCCACUCACACCUUUGAAACUGAUAAAUUGGCCUCUGUGUUUUACACUUUAGUGAUCCCCAUGCUAAACCCCUUCAUCUACAGUUUGAGAAACAGAGAUGUGAAAAAUGCCCUCCACAAGAUUUUUAAGCAUCAAUGCAAGCUUUGUGUUUAG